CUCAUGACGUUUGUAACGUAUCUAUUUUGUAGUAAUUUUAUUAUAUUUAUGAUCACGGAAAGUGAUUUUUUUAAGUGAAACAUGCUUCGAAAUUAGGGGUAGGUAUAGUUGAAUAUGAAGAUGGCCAGUAUGACUCGAAGCAGGGGCCAAGUUUAUAGUGUUGGAAAUUACCUGAUGACCGGUAAGGUCUUGGGAAAAGGGCAUUUUGCAAGAGUGGAAGAAGCAACGCAUAGGAUCAUUGGAAAGAAGGUAGCUAUCAAAAUCAUCGAUCUAACUUGCAUCAAGGAAGAGUACGCGCGUCGGAACUUGCACCGUGAACCGAGAGUGAUGGCCAAGCUUCGACACCCUUGUAUUGCCGCAUUGUACGAGACAAUGAUGCACGGUCCCCGCCUGUACGUGGUAAUGGAAGCGGCGUGUGGCGGCGAUCUAUGCGCGCAUGUGCUGCAAGCGCGCGGCUCUGCUCGGGGGCUCCCCGAGCCUCGCGCGCGCUCGCUUGGGGCUCAGUUAGUGUCCGCUGUGCGGCACAUGCACUCACGUGGAGUUGUACAUCGGGAUUUGAAGAUGGAAAACAUCAUGUUGGAUAGCACAAAGCAGUACAUCAAGAUUGUUGAUUUCGGUCUGUCUAAUUUGUGGCGUGCGGGCGGCGCGCUCGCAACUCCGUGCGGUUCGCUUGAGUACGCCGCGCCGGAGCUGUUCGAGGACGGACGUCGCUACGGACCGGAAGUCGAUCUGUGGAGCAUCGGUGUCAUAGUGUACGGCAUGGUGACGGGUGGGUUACCGUUUUCGUCGGCGACGGGAGGAGGGAGCGGCUCGCGUUCGCAAUUACGAGCCGCCAUCGCACGCGGCGUUACUCGUCGACAACGAGCAGCGCUCGUUUGCGUCUCCACGGAAUGUAAAAACUUCAUCCAGCAGCUCCUUGAACCGAAAGUGGAGCUCCGGAUGAAGAUAGAGGAAGCGGCGAGACAUCGUUGGGUCAAAAAGUCAGGCAUGAGAAUGAAAACUCACCCGCUUGGAGCCCUCGAUUCCAAAGCUAAUAGAGAGAUAUAUAGACAGAUAUCAGAAUUGUCCGGACAAACUUUAAUGGACGUGGUGGCCCAUAUUAAAGCUGAUCCAUUCGGCGCAAUAGCUGGCAUUUACAAUAUUAAAACACAUCUUCAUCAACUCCAUGCAACAUCCAUAGUGGACUUACUCUGGUCUGCCAACCCACAAGAAUCUAGACCACAAACUCCGCCUGAAUAUCGCGCUAAAUAUGAACUCGAUACACCUAGUAGCAGUCAAAAGACUCUUUCCAUUCCUGACCUUAUUACAAAACCGGCAAGAGUUAGUCAAUUUGGAAUACAAAAAUCUGAAAUGAUAAAACCGACUAUUCCCAAAAUGGUGAAUAGCAGAACUUUAAAUGUGAGCAAUUUCAAUUCCUCGGUCCUUCCAAACACUUCUCAGAAAGUCAAUCAAAUACCGACUACUACUGUAGUCACAGAAUCAAAUAAAAGUACAAGAUUAACCAGACCAUUGGGCGUGUAUGGAUUGAAAAAGCCAGUUUUCAAGGUGUAUGAAAAUGGAGACGGAUUGGACAGAAGAUUGCCCUGUAUCAACGAACAUUCCAACUUGGACGUGGCAGACGCUAAAAAGACUUCUUGGCAGAAUAGAAACCAAAGUGUUAGAAGACCUGAUUUGGAUGAACCUCUAAGACUCAAUAGUUGUCCGAAUAGAUCUGGGGACGUAAAAAGAGAUUCGGUUUAUAAACGAGUUGGCGAUGGAUUACAAAGUUGGCGAAAUAACGUCACAAGUCCAUCGACUCGAAUACUUCUACAAAGCACCGCGACAACGAUUAAGCGAGGUUCAUUAGGAAAUAUUAUCAGUCCACAUUCAUCGUCGAACAGUCACUGUAAAAGUGAACGAGCGAUGCCGGUUGGAUGGUUCUCAACUAGACCUCUCAGCAAAGAGUCUCACUCGCAGCGGCUGCGUCGGACCGCGCUCAUGAAAUGACUAAAUUAUCGAUCUAUAUAAUAUAUUUUUUCGAACGACUUAUUUUUUUUAAUCUAUUAAAAUUCCAUUCAUGUCACGUUUACUGUAAUUUUAAGUGAAUAAAUUUAUUAUAUUUUGACAAGUGUUAGUGUUAAAAAUUAUAGUAUA